AUGACAAUGGCUGCAGCUACAAGUUCAUUUGCUACUUUCGAUAGAUCAAUACCACCUUCUUCAGCAAUGUUUCGCAUGUCGAAUAAUCCAACAUUACCAAAACAAAACCAUGGCUUUUUUACGGCGGCUACAAAUUCAGCUGGCCCACGGCAUGGCCAUUGCUUAGAUGAUAUGGAUAUACUUACGUUGAAACGACAAUAUGCUAAUAUUGAUUUAUUUGAUCAAAGUACAUUAUCGAAUUCAGCUGAAGAUUUAUCUCAACUUGAGCGUGUCUAUCACUGUGAUGUUUUUGGCCAAGAUGAAAAUGAUAUUGAUGAGGAUGACAUUCCAUAUGAUGAUGUUGCUGGUUAUGAUUAUAAUCUUAUUAUUCAAGAACGAUUAAAAAAAGUCAAUGCAGAAUUUGAACAUGAUCAAACACCUGUUGAAUUAAAACAUUCUCAACGUGUGUCAUUCGAUUCUGUUGUUAAAGCAGUAGAUAUUGUUCAAGAUCCUGCAGAACUCGAGCAUGAAAAUGGUGUCAUUCAGCCAUCUAUUUCACCUGUUCCCGAAGAACUGCCGGCCAUUAUCACUAGUUCACGAAGUGAUACUAGUUCACAUGAAUAUACAGUACCAUUGAAUGAUACGCAACCGAGAGAUGGUUUGACAUUACUUCAACAAAUCAAAGCACUACAAUUUCAUAAUGAACACACCACUAGUGGCCCAUGGGCGACUACAAUAGAUGAUUCAUCUGUAUUAUCGUGUACACUAAAUGAAAGUAGCAGUGAUACACAAGAUACGUCUCAGAUAACUUCAAAUUCAGCAACAUCAAAAAGAUCGAUGGUUGUAGCUGUUAAUGGUCGGUUUGAUUUACAAGACGAAGACGAUUAUAUAGCUCAACACCAAGUUAAACCUACGAAUGGCAGGGAUCAGGGUUCAAAAACGACUAAUAAAGUUGCAUUUUUGCCUGUGCCACCAACAUCACCUAAACCGAUACAAGAUCUACCACCCCGUCCGUAUCCAGUCCGACCUAAAUCAUCGGAUAGUGUAAAACGAACGGAUGUCAAUUCAGAAAAGUUAUCUACUGAUAAGAAAAAUAAAACAGACACCGCAAAUCGUCAACGACCAAAAAGUGCGGGUGUUUCAAAAAAUACAGAAAUGUUUGUAGAGAAGCCAUCGUCGGGUGUUGAUUUUCGUGAACUUCUACGAAAAGCAGCAGACAAAAAGAGAAGAGAAUUACGUGAAGAACACCGUAAGAAAGAAGAAGCAGAAGAAAAACGUCAAAAGGAAUUGGCUAAAGCUGAAGAAUCCUAUAAAAGGUGGUUGCAAGAAAAAGAUACUCAACGUAAACGAAUCAUUGAAGAGAAACGAUUAGAAAAAGAAGAACAAGAAGCACGUCAAGUUGAAGAAGAAAAACAAUUCGCUGAAUUACGAGAGAAAAAAUACAAAGAAUGGCUUGGCCGUAAAGAUCAAGAAGCGAGAAUGGCUUAUGAAUUUCAAAAAUUAAAAGCUGAUGACAAUGAAAUGUUAUCAGGAGGAUCAACAUCAUCAAUACAGAACAGUAGCAAAGAUGGUGAUCAUCGAGCAUUUCAAAGAUGGCUUCGUCGAAAAUAUGAACAAUCGAUGGCAGAAAAACGUCAAUUACGUCUUGAAGCAAAACGUCAACGUCGUCGACAGCGUCGAUCAAUAAAACGAAAUCAACUUCAACUAGAUCUUCAAUUGGCGAAAUCUUUUGGAUAUUCAUAA